GUGCCGUGUUUAUAUAAUUUAGGGGAUUAAUUAAUUAAUAAAUUAUAUUCAGGCUAUAGCUCUCUCAACGUAUGGAGUUUGAAUAAUUUCAAGGUCCAAAGGGACGAGUCAAAUACUGCAUGCCGUCUAUAAAAGAAGAAGAGCAAUUGAGGAGGCCCGCAGAGUCGAGUUACCCAAAAAAAGGAUAGACAGAAAAAUCAAAAACGAGAGAGAAAACUGAAGAAAGCGAUGGAGGCUGCUUUGGGAAAGUCCAAUUCUCAUGAAGGAUCAGAAAAGGAAGAGAAGAGACUGGUACUUGAAUCUAGCAGUCUUGCAGAUCAUGAUGAUCAAGAAGCAGCUGGUAGCGAAGAAGAUACUCUUCUCAAAGUUGGAAAUGGAGGAUCAUGCCAGGAAAAUAACGAAAUGAAAUCAUCCUCACCUACACAGAAAGAUUUGAGUAGCAGCAAGCAGAUAUCAACGACGAGUAAUAUGAAGGUGGAACCUGAUCAUUCAAUGGCGUCUACUUCAUCAAGUCGAAAGGAACAGGAUUAUCAGCUUGAAUCUGCUAGAGCUGAAAUGGGUGAGGUUAGAGAAGAGAAUCAAAGGCUGAAGAAGUACUUAGAUCGGAUAACAGACGAGUACCAGACACUUCAAAUGCAGUUGUAUGACAUUCAAGAAAAAGCAAACAAGUCCAAGGAUGUUACAAUUGCUAGUACUAACAAUAUUUAUAACCAUCAAUACGAGGAAUCCGAGAUGGUCUCACUCAGCCUUGGAUCGUUUUCUAGCAGAGCCAAAAAGGAUGAAAAGAACAAAAACCGUAGUACCAGUAGUCAAGGGAAAGAAAACGAGUCAGAUAGAGAAAGCUUGUCUUUGGGGCUAGACUGCAAAUAUGAAGCACCUAAAUCAAGUGCUGCAACUACUGAAGUGCCUUUAUCGAAUUCAAGCCCUGCAAGCAGCCUUGAAGAGGUGCCCAAGGAAGAAGCAGGUGAGACCUGGCCACCUAAGAAAGUUCUCAAGACAGCGAGAAGUGUAGAAGAUGAAGUUGCCCAACAGAACCCAGUGAAGAAAGCUAGGGUUUCAGUGAGAGCCAGAUGUGAUACCCCAACGAUGAAUGAUGGAUGUCAGUGGAGGAAAUAUGGACAGAAGAUUGCAAAAGGAAAUCCAUGCCCUCGUGCAUACUACCGUUGCACCAUCGCACCGUCAUGUCCUGUACGGAAACAGGUACAAAGAUGUGCGGAGGACAUGUCCAUCUUAAUCACCACAUAUGAAGGAACGCACAAUCACCCACUUCCUAUGUCAGCCACAGCUAUGGCUUCCACCACCUCUGCAGCCGCUUCCAUGCUAUUAUCCGGCUCAUCAUCAUCAGCCCGGUCUGGCCUGAACCCAUCAGUUGGGGCCACCACAACUGCUGCUCACGAUCUUCAUGGAUACAAUUUCUAUCUCUCUGACAACUCAAAAUCCAGAUUCUUCAUACCCAACUCUUCAUUGUCAUCUUCUCUUCCAACAAUCACCUUAGACCUAACUUCAAACCCACCACCACCAUCAUCAUCCUCCAAUCCCUUGUCCCAUUUCAAUAAAUUUUCUUCUUCAUCAAAUUCUUCUCACCAACUACACCCUCCCACCAGCCUCAACUUUGGUUCUAAUUCUGAAUCCAACACCAACAUGUCAUGGAGCAAUGGGUUCCUUUCCUAUGGGGCUCAAUUACCACCAUACAAUAGCAACAACAAGAACCAAAUUGGAUCACUAAGUAGUCUUGGAAUUAGGCAACAGCAGCAGCCUCUACAAAACAAUAUAUACCAAAACUACAUGCACAAGAAUAAUCUUAACCCAACUCCUCCUCCUCAUCCUUCUCAAGGAGCAACUCCUCAUCAGUUUCAACCAGACCCCAUUGCUGCUGCAACCAAGGCAAUCACAGCUGACCCAAGUUUCCAAUCUGCCUUAGCAGCUGCACUUUCUUCAAUCAUUGGCAGCAACAGUAAUGUUGGGACAGCUGGCACUACUGGAAUGCUAGGCAACAACAACAAUCAGGCUGGUGGUGGUGACAAUAACAAUAUGGCUCAGAAAUUCAACUGGGGCGACCAAUUUGCAGGAAGUACAACUACUUCUUCUUCUCCAUACCUCCAAACGCAGAUAGGGAACAAUAGUACCAUUGGAUGUGCAUCAAGCUAUUUGAACAAAACGACUUCUGCGAAUUCGCAGCCCGGGAGCUUGAUGUUUCUGCCACCUUCAUUGCCAUUUGCAAGUGCCCCCAAGAGCGCAUCUACGUCUCCUGGUGACACUAGAGAUCACAAAAGUUUAUAGUUUUUUUUGGAAUAUAUAUUUGUUAAUUUGUAAUCAAGCAAGAGUAGAGGCAAUUAAUUCAACCGAGACAAUUAAACUGAGUUUGAUUUUGUGUAUUAUUAGAUUUUUUUAUUUUUUAUUUCUUCUAAGUAUAGAGUUGUGAUGGUAUAUGUUGUAAAUUGUAAUUUCCAUCUAGGACGUGGAUGUAUGCGGAAAGGAUUGACCAUGGAUUAGCUGACAUAAGCUUUGGUGUUUAAGUAUG